CGUUGGCACUUAAGUAGGUGGUGUGUGUGUGUGGCGGAGGACGUGAGCUGGCUGUGUGUUAUCUUCUGCUCACAAUGUUAACGGUGGCUCCAUUCCUAGUCUUUAGUGGCGUGAUAUGUGCACUAGUAACGUCUGGUGAUGUUGGACAUUGAUUGAUAUGCAAUUGGGAAAACCAUUAAUAAUAUGUCAGAUAAAAACUCCCUUGAUUGGGCUCGAUUUCCAGCUCAACAUGAACUUGAAGAAUCUGAAAGUGAAGCCGACGUUUCAAGAAGAUUUUACGAAUGCGCCAAGAAUCCUGGACACGUAAACUUUGUACCGAUUAAGGAUUUCAAUCUAAAUCACCUACCAGAAGACUGCAGAGAUGAGGAACUAGAGCAUAUGGUUAAAUGCUUGGCCGCCCAGACUGUGAAACUGCAGAUCGGUUGGGUCAGCCAUGAGAGGCCAAUGUGUGACCCAAUCACGGAAAGUAAAUAUCCUUUUUAUGAUAAACGAGGCAGUCGAAGUAUUCGUCUGGGAACUGGGCGAAUCAGACGUGUGGCCAAAUUUGUGAAAGGGGAAGAUAAAUACGGAAUGUCCCAUUACUUACAGUUGCAUUACUGCCCCUGUGAGAAAUGUGUGUCGUCUGGAGAGCGCCGGGACGUUUGGUGGGAGAUUCAGAUCCUAACGGCUAGGCAUGUGGUGUACGACAAUUCCGAAGCGGAAUGCACUUCCUGCGUUUUGUUUUAUGAUGAAGAUGGCGACUCGAAUGGUAACGUCGUCCUCAAAGGGAUCUACGCCGUGUACAGUGACAGUCUGCGAGACAGCUGCGAGAUGACUUGCAUCACUUGCGACCAGGCGUUGGCAGAAAGGCUGGAGAGACUCCUGGGCGAGUACGACCGACUCAAGGAAUCCGUCCACGCCAAAUAUAAGCACCGAGACGGCAAGCUGACCAUCAUCAUCUCUCACCCUCAUGGCAUGUCCAAGAGGGUCACCGUGGGCUCCUGGCAGGAGAGGUCAUCGGGGGCGAGUGAUAAGAACGUCAGCCAGCUCAGCUACUCCAACAACACCUGCCCAGGGAGCAGCGGCGCCCUGGUGUACAUUCCUGGUCUGGUUUACUCUAGGUUGUACUACCACCAUGUCCAUAGUGGAUGCGACGACAACGGAAUAAGUCGUAGUGGAAUCGGCGAAGAGGAAUUCUCUUACUGACAAGCUUAUUGAUUAUUACCAAAGAAACACAAUAAUGGCAUUAAACACAAAUUCUUUAUGUCCGCUAUAUUUAUACACGAAGUAAAUUAUACUAUGGCCUACGGCAUACAAUAUCAUUAUCAUAAAACUCCAUUUAAGUGAAUGUUUUAGCGCUUGAAUCCUCUUUACUAAAAAUCUUGGAAUAAUGGCAAUAAAUAUUUUUUGUCCAGUUAUAAAAAUCAGACUGCUGAAGACAAGAUUGGAAUAGUAAAUCUUUUCUUCUGAAAAUUUUCUUCUCAUGUUUAGACUAGAACUCAGGGCAGCUCGACUGUGAACUUCCAUUUAUUAUGCAUUCUAAUUGUAAACCGUAAACUUAUAACAAACUAGCUGUACACACCACUUGUUUUUUGUUUCCAAGACGUUUGUUAUGUCUCUCUCUCUCUCCCUGUCUUUCUCUUUCAUUAUUUAUAUAAAUUUAUAUAUAUAUCGUGUCCGCUCUCAGGAACCCAUUUUUUUUAAAUUUUAACCUUUCGCAUCGUAAUUUCUCCGACUGGGACGGUCCUAGCCAUUGCGGGGCCCUAUGCGAAACGGAUUGCGCGGGGCCUAGUCUGGGUAGGGAUAAGCAUAAAGUCAAUAUUAAGAUUUUGUAUUAGAAAAUAUAUUCGUCUUUACAAUAAAUUUUUAUUGAAUGAAAGCUGACAAUGCUGCUUUUUUUUAUCGAUCGCGCGUAGGAUUGGCACCCCAAUUUUGUCUAUUUUUCCAGGUGACCGGUCACUUCAUCCCCGGUCACUUCAUCCCCGGUCACUUCAUCCCCGGUCAUUUCAUCCCCUGGUCACUUCAUCCCCCGGUCACUUCAUCCCCCGGUCACUUCAUCCCCCGGUCAUUUCAUCCCCUGGUCACUUCAUCCCCCGGUCAUUUCAUCCCCUGAUAUUUUCAUCAUCUGUUCAUUUUAUCUAACAAAUUGUAAUUUUAAAAAGCAUUAAAUGAGCAAUAUUUAAUGUAUUCCUUUUUUAUUUAAAUGACAAAAUGUUGGCUAUUUGAAAUAGAGAACUGCUGAUCACUUAUAAAACCAAAAAUCGAUACUGUGAAGUGGGAAAAAAUACAUCAGAUCGACGCCUACUGGCAGAGAGAGAGAGAGAAAGAGAUAGAGAGAGAGAGAGUCACACCCUAAAUAUACAUGCAAGAUUAUUUCCAAUAAGCACUCAAACAAUUAAUUUUAAGGACAUAGGAAACUCAUCAUGAUGGGCAUUUAUGUUCACAUAAAUAUAGGCCCACCAGUUUCGAUAUCUAAAAUGAAUAUCAAUAAACAAAAUACAUACUUACAUUUACUUGUAGAAAUGAAAUAUCGAUAGAAAUAGUCAUAUAACACAAUUUGUAACUUUAAUGUUUAAAAGUAAGUCCGCCUUUAUUAGAAAAAAAUAAAACCUUAUUUCAAGGCUAAAAAUGACUCGCCCAUUUUCUUGAAAGUGCGACUGAAAAAUAAAAUAAAGUGAAACAUGGUCGUACUUUCACCACACCUUGGCCUUUGAUGGUUAGUUAUCAGCGGCACGGUCAUAAUUAUUCUAAUCGCACUUCUAUCUCUCAAAAGAUUCCCACUACUUGCACUACACCUUGGCCUUUGAUCAUUACGCUAUAGAUAAGUGCACAUCCAGAUUUACCAUAUAAUAGAUUUCUCAUUAAGAAUACAAAGUGGAAGAGGAAACACUAUAAACGCAUUAGUAAUAUGUCAUAAAAUGUAAAAAAGAAAGCAUUCUACAUAAUCAUAUUUAUAUAUAAAAUAUUUAAUUGGGGAUGAAAUGACCGGGGGAUGAAGUGACCGGGGGAUGAAGUGACCAGGGGAUGAAAUGACCAGGGGAUGAAGUGACCGGGGAUGAAGUGACCGGGGAUGAAGUGACCGGGAACAAUUUUUCCAUGAGAUUUGUAUGAGUUUUCUGGAGAUUUUUAAUUUCAGGAGAUUUCUAUGAAAGUGCGGGGCCCAUUGCGACCGCAUAGGUUAGAGGUCUAAGUCUGGCCCUGUUCUCCGACAUAGGCUUUUGACUUGAUUUGGAAAGACCCGCUUCAUAAUGCGACCCCGACACAUUCAUGCAUUUAUAUUUUGGGCCCGUUAAUUCUAGUAUCACUUUUAUUAAUCCGCUUCUCCCACUCACCCGGCCAACAACAAAAAAUUAGUCCGUCAUACACUCUGUGACUUUUCUUCGGCUUCUCAGUUCAAACACUAUUAUAUCAUCAAGUCUUGUCAAAUUUAAGUGUUUCUUCAGAGGAGCUAUUUGCGUACAGACGUGUAUUGAUAUAAUAAGCAGUAUAAUUACAAUUAAUGUGCGCUCCUUUCACGCGAGAACAGGGGGGGGGGGGGACAACUUUACUAAUACAUACAUCGUGCCAAAGGAGCUUGGUACUAUACGCUCGGCCAUGCUUAACUAAUGAACAAAUCUAAACAACUUAUUAUUAAUUAUUAUUUGAUUGUUUGGGGAAGGAGUUGUGUAUUAACAUGACUUAUCCUUUAUCGAGCUCUGCCCAGCCCUUUUUACUUUCCUUAAAUUAUAUACAAACUCCCUGUAUAGACCAAUUAUAUUAUAUCUAUUUUAUUAUUGGCUAUUGAACAUAUGCGCUACAAAAGAACUACAAAAUAUUUCCACCAGUUUGUCACUACAGAAAAAGUUUAGAACUUUAGAUAUAAUUUAAAUUUCUUUAAAAACUCUGGCUGUCUGUGAAUGUUUGUUUGUUAAAUGUUUGACAUGUUUCGGAUGUUCCUUACAGAGUUAAAGAUAGUUUACUUCCUAGUCCAAACCUCCCGCAGGACGACGGGGGAUGGGAGCGGGCAGGAUUUGAACCCUCGACCAUCGAUAAAUCCGAACGACAGUCCAGCGCGCAAACCACACGACCAGGCAGCCAUCCGUGCUGUCUGUGCUCUGGUGUCUCGAUGGUCCUUAUGAACCUGUGCACUACAAAAGUAUUACACAUUUUUUCACCAAUUUGUCACACAUUACAGACUAAUUUUAAAGCUCUACAUAUAGUUUAAAUGUCUUUAAUACAUUUUUAAAGUUGUCUGCCUGCGCUCUGGGCUGUCGUCUCAAUGGUCCCGUGUUCAAAUCCCCUCAAUCCUGUCCUGCUGGAGUUUUGGUUUAGGAUAUAAUACUCUUUAAGUCUGAAGUAAAACCGGAUCUUUUAAUAUAAACUAAAUUGUUACUCAAAGUUUUGUUAAGUCAAGUAAAGUUUCCCAUUUCAGACCUUGCAAUUUACAGGGGCAGACCAUGUUAAAGCUUGUUUCUGUUCCUUUGGCCAACUGUAAAUGUGUAGGGUGUCAAUGUUUCAUAUGUAACAUACACACACAAACACACACACACACAUACUCGGCUCUUCAGUAUCAAAAACUAAAAAAACAAAAUUUAAAAAAAAUACAACAAUGAAAGGGACACGACUUGCUUUGGACGUUUUCAGUCUCAAUAUGUAUUAUGUCUAAUGUCUUCCGUAGUAAUUUAAAAAAAAAAAAAAUAUAUAUAUAUAUAUAUAUAUAUAUAUAUAUAUAUAUAUAUAUAUAUAUAUAUUUAUCAAUAUUUGGUGAGUUUUUGUUGUUAUAACGAUUGCUUUUAUGUAAAAAAAAAAAUAAUGAAAAAGUCUUUCACUACGGAAUGGCAAGCAACUGCUGUAAAUACAUAUACAUGUUUUAUUAUAUAACUUAAUUUAUUUUUAUUUAAACAAAAAACGAAAGUUCUGAAAAUAGAUACUGCAAUAAACAAAUUUUCGGAUGCAA